AUGCUUGGUCGUAUCGAAAGAAUGCAGCCUAUCCGUGUUUGGCUGGCCCCUCCUGGGCCGAAUCCUUGGAAGGUCAUCACCGUCCUUGAAGAACUUGCCGUGCCCUACGAAGUUGUGUCGAUUCGCUUUGAGAACAUCAAGCAAGCUCCGUUCAUCGACAUCAACCCCAACGCCCGAGUUCCUGCUAUCGAGGGCCCCAAUACUGGCGUCAAGAUCUGGGAGACCGGAGCCAUUAUUCUCUACCUGAUCCAGAAAUACGAUAUCAACAACCAGCUGCAUUAUGAUUCCAUGGACAAGGAAAUUCUUUGCAAGCAGUGGCUCAUCUUUCAAGUCAGCGGACAGGGUCCAUACUUCGGACAGUGUACCUGGUUUACCUAUCUGCACCCCGAGAAGCUCCCCUCCGCAAUCGAGCGUUAUUCGAAGGAGAUCAAGCGCGUUCUUGGAGUCUUGGAUAAAGUACUGGGAGCUGAUCCCAACAAGGAGUGGCUGGUAGGGGAUCGCAUCACAUACGCCGAUCUCGCCUUUGUUCCUUGGAACGACCGACUGGACGUCACGCUCGGAGUCCCCGCCGAUAAGAAGUUCGAAGGCUUCCCCAACGUCAAGAAAUGGCAUGAGCGCAUGAUCAAUCGACCUUCCUGGAUCAAGGCUAUGAAACUCAGGGCCCGUCUGAUGGACGAGCAUGGUCUAGACUGGAAUGGCAUGCCCAAGGGCACGACAAACUUGCAGAAGUAUCAGGAAAGUGUUGCUCAGGACGAGGCUUAA